UCAUUUAAUUUGCACUUCUUUAACGACAGAUUUUAGCCCUAUAUGUAUGUUGGUUAACAGAAAUUUGAGUUUAUGAAUUAAAACAUUGAUUAAUGCAGUAAUAAUGUAUAUAUGUUUGAUACGUGGUUCAUAAGAAAUAAUAAAAGCUUGAAUAUGGGUAGCAUGGUAAUCAAGUCUGAAAUUUGAUGAGGUCAUGAUUCGGUUACGCAGUCUUGUACAAAAGACGCGUGACCCUCUUUAUCUAACAAAAUCAAAUCAAUCUCAUUCCUUUAUUCCAUCUUCUCACAUACAUAUAUACAGCCCCUGAGCCCAGCCCCCUCACAUUUCAAUCUCAAAACCCUAGAUUAAGCCCAGCAAGAAUAAGUAUGCAGGUAAUGAAAUCGGCAAUGCAAGUGGAGGCUUCAGCUUCGGCUUCGGUGAAGGCCUUUGAGAUGGUGCAACAGCUGGCAUCCAGCAACGCCGUCGUGGUUUUCAGCUGCAGCGACUGCUGCAUGUCCACGGUGGUGAAGCGCCUCCUCUUUAGCCUAGGAGUGGGCCCCACCAUCGUGGAGCUGGACGAGCAUGCCUCCGGUCAGGCCAUGGAGGCCGCCCUCUACCAGCUCUCCGGCACGCUCCAGCCUGUCCCCGCCGUGUUCGUGGGCGGCAAGUUCCUUGGCGGUGUCCAGACUCUGAUGGCGUCACACAUCAAUGGCAGCCUCAUUCCUCUCCUCAAGGAAGCCGGAGCUCUCUGGCUUUAACUUUAAUUAUCACUGUAUCAAUGCAACCUAACUAGCUAGCUAGCUUCAGAGUGCGUAUAUCUAAUAUAUCUGUGCUUAUAUGUAAUUAGAGGGUUUUUCAAUUUCAGGUUCCAACCCUAUAUAUGAACACAGAUGCAUAUCAUCAAUAUUAUUAAUUAAAUCAGUUCGUUUC